UGGAGAAGUUAUUUCUAAAUUCUCUUCCCACAACCCAAAAAUAAAAUAAAUUUGUAAAACCCAUUUUCUUCUCAAACUUCAUCUUCUUCAACAAAACUAAACGAAGAUUUUCAUCUUUUGAAAUCAACCAUGGUGUUCAAAGAAGCAGGUUCAUCAUCCUAUUCACUUCCACCUUAUCCACGUGAAGACACACCACUUCUCACCAAAUCUCAACCACUCUCUUCCCAAUUCAAAACCUUGGCAAACAUCUUCAUCUCCAUCGUCGGCGCCGGAGUUCUCGGACUCCCUUACAGUUUCAAAAGAACCGGUUGGGUCACCGGUUUAAUCAUGCUGUUCUCCGUCGCUUACCUAACUUACCACUGUAUGUUACUUCUCGUCAACACUCGCCGGAAACUCGAAUCUAUAUUGGGAUUUUCGAAAAUCAAAUCUUUCGGUGAUUUGGGCUUUGCUAUUUCAGGCCCAUUGGGCCGUUUCUCGGUUGACUCGAUGAUCGUUCUUUCUCAAGCUGGUUUUUGUGUUAGUUACCUUAUUUUCAUUGCUUCAACUUUAGCUUUUCUCACCGCCGGUGACUCCUCCGGUGAGACGGUACCGGUGUUCAUUGGUUUGACGCCGAAGGUUUUGUUUCUUUGGGGGUGUUUUCCUUUUCAAUUAGGGUUGAAUUCGAUUAAGACUUUGACUCAUUUAGCCCCUUUGAGUAUUUUUGCUGAUGCUGUUGAUAUUGCUGCUAAGAGUGUUGUUAUGGUGGAAGAUGUUUUUGUUUUUGUGAAUAAUAAGCCUCAUUUGGAAGCUUUUAAGGGUUUUUCUGUGCUUUUUUAUGGUAUAGGUGUUGCUGUUUAUGCUUUUGAAGGGAUAGGAAUGGUUUUGCCUUUGGAAACUGAGACUAAAGAUAAAGAGAAAUUUGGUAGAGUUUUAGGUUUAGCUAUGGGUUUGAUUUCUAUAAUAUUUGGUGCUUUUGGUGCUUUAGGUUACUUUGCAUUUGGUGAAGAAACAAAGGAUAUUAUUACUAAUAAUUUAGGUCAAGGUUUGAUAAGUGUUGUGGUUCAAUUUGGACUUUGUGUUAAUUUGUUUAUUACUUUUCCUUUGAUGAUGAAUCCUGUUUAUGAGGUGUUUGAGAGAAGGUUUUGUGAUUCUAGGUAUUGUUUGUGGUUGAGGUGGUUGUUGGUUUUGGUUGUGAGUUUGGUGGCACUUUUGGUGCCUAAUUUUGCUGAUUUUCUUUCACUUGUUGGAAGCAGUGUGUGUGUUGUUCUUGGAUUUGUGUUGCCUGCUAUGUUUCAUUGUAUGGUUUUCAAGGAGGAGUUAGGUUGGAGAUGCAUUCUUUCUGAUGGGGUAGUUAUGGUUUUUGGAUUUUUUGUUGCUGUUGUUGGAACUUUUACUUCUGUCACAGAGAUUCUUUCUCCUAAGGCCUAACUGAAUUUUGGCUCAAAAAGUUUGUGACAGAUGAAAGCUUCUUUGGUCUUGAUGGUUAAUUGAGCAACUUGGGUCAUCAAUUGGAUUUGAUACUGGUAUCAAGUGUUUUUUGUUGAUUGAAUCAUGAUUAUCUAUCAUGAACCUACAAAUGUAUGUUUUUCUUUUAUGUAAAAAGUUGUAGCUCUAUUUGUUGGAAUUGAAGAAUUAAAGAGAAAAGUGAACAUAUACAAGUGUACCUUAAUAUUUUU